AUGCGGUGCGCGAACAAGGCAGCUGAGAGCGUGUCUGCACGUCUCUGUGCAGACGCCGAAGCAGAAACCGCAGCGACUGAUGUCUCAUCGGUUGCCAUAGCGUCUCAGUCUGUAUCACCUGGUGAUGCAGACGCUCGUCAUGAAGACACUCAUGUCUUCUCAGAGUAUGAGCUCGGUGUCUCAUACUCUCCUGAUACGGAAGAGGGAUCCGUAUCGACGGCAAUUGAAUCCAAGCCGCCUGCCAAGCGUGGCGUGGAUCAUGCUACUCGUCGUAGCAUCUUCGGUUCGUCUGACGAAUCAGAUGAACCAUCGCCAAAGCGAAGGCGCUCGAGGUCGCGAGACUCGGGCGCUCAUAGUGGUGUCGGUUCUCCUAUGGACACCACUUCGCAACGAGGUGCCAGUACUUCUGUCGGCACAUCGCAGGAAGAGCGGGUCCGCAGUGUGUUGCGUCUCGCUCCCGAGAAGAAGGCAUGGAUGCCUCCAAAUCCGUCAUGGAUCACUUGUCGGCGACAACGAGUGAUCGUUAUCGAACACGGCAGUUCGAUUCGUCAAGGAUCCAUCAUCUUGACCCCAGUGCGAAAAACUAUCGCGCUGAGAAUGAGUACUUCAUCGAUGCUUUCUUUAAACAUCGAUGGUACAGUGGGAAUCACAAACGUGAUGGUCCCUCACUGCUUCAAGCGUGGAACGCGUACAUCCAUAAACUUGAGGACGUAA